UAUUUCUAGGUUGAAUCAAAAUAUUAAAAAUGUCAAAAAAUGUUUACAAAAUUUUUAGUGUUAUUUAAAAAUAUACAUUACAGUUUUUAACAAAUUACACUAUUAUAGUAACUCUUGUAUAUAAUAUGUGAAGUGGACAAAGAACCAUGCCAGGAGAUAUAGAACGUGGAAAAAAGCUAUAUAUGCAACGAUGUGCCAUGUGUCAUACUACAGAAGCCGGUGGAAAGCACAAAACAGGUCCCAAUCUGCAUGGAUUUAUCGGCAAAGUCGGAGGACAGAUCAGUGGAUUUAAGUUUUCAAAAGUUAACAAAGAGAUAGGUGUAUGGACCGAAGAAAAACUCGAUCAGUUGCUAGAGAAUCCUAAAAAGUUGAUGCCGGGAUCCAAAAUGAUCUUUAAAGGUUUGCAAGAUGCGCAGGCUAGGAAAGAUCUUAUCGCUUAUAUUAAAAGUAUUACCUAAGAAGGAACUUUAAGGGGAGUUAAAGUAGGAAACUUAAUCCAGGAGCAUAUGGUUUUAUGCACUGAUGUGUGUUUUAUCGACGGGUUUCCAACGAAGCGAUUUUAUUAUGUUUAUUAUUCGGAGCAUGCUAUAAGUGUCCAAACAUAAAUAUAACAGUAUUUUUCUUUAAAACAAUGUCUCAGCAAAUGUUUUACGUAUAUUCGAUAGUUUUGUACUUAUUUUGAAAGAAAAAUGGUUUUUUU